ACUCUAACUGUAGCUGCUGCUGCCUCUGCUGCUGCUGAUGAUGAUGGUGAUAAUGAUAUAAUGUUGAUGAUGAUAAUGAUGUAAUAAUCGUCAUUGUUAAUUCUAACGUGUGUUCAACCAGCAGGUUGAGCUUAAAUGUUUCGUGUUGAGCCCAUUGAGCCUGAUUUGCUAUCAUGUUGACUGUUCGACAGGUAGACCAAGUGAGCCGAUACUGGAAGAGGUAGAAACAACAAUGACAACUAUAAAGCUGGUAUUUAGGCCACCUAAAAAUGAUGGUGGCUUGAGAAUAACGUACUACCGAGUUGAAUACCGUAUUGUCGACGAAGGGGAGGUGUUAUAUAGAAAUAUCCAGCCAGCCAAAGUUCUAAAAUUGACAAACUUAGAGCCGAAGAAACCAUAUAGAGUACGGCUGGCUGCAGGUAACCCAGCUGGUCCGGGUAACUUUUCAAUAGCACGAACUGCAUUUACAUCUAGUGGAGGUUCUGUGUUGCCAACGUUUCCAGUGGUAACAAUAAAUCCAGCCGAUAGCAAGGAUCGAACCACACUUGCGCUGAAGAUAGCUAUUCCGAUUGUCAGCUUGUUCAUGGCAAUGGCCUUUGGAGUUCUUUUAGUCCUCGCAAUUAUUGCAAUACGAAAGAGAAAAUGGCGUGUUCUUGAGGAAGAACAACUAUAUAGAUUCCAUACAGGCAGUUCAAGUGUUGAAAGUAUUCCAUCUCUUCUGAAAACUAUUAGCAGAGCCUACGUAGACGUUAACAUUCCUUCGAUGCAGUUUAAGAAUUUGACAUGUGGUAAAAGAAGAAAUUUUGAGUUUUCAAGGGAUAAACUAAAACUAGGUAGAACGAUUGGCCACGGCUCAUUCGGCAAAGUAGUAAAAGCUGAAGCGAAAGACUUAAUUCGACCGGGUUACGUCACAACAGUAGCCGUCAAGAUGUUAAAAGAAAAUUCUACAGAAGUGGACAGACAGGACUUGUUGAAGGAACUGAGGGUUAUGAAGUUGCUUGAAGUUCAUCCGAAUAUUGUCGUACUAUUGGGAUGUUGCACAGAAAAGGAACCACUUUACGUUAUAAUGGACUACUUACCAAACGGGAAUUUACUAGGUCAUCUGCGAGCAAGUCGACAAAAGAAUGAGGGGUCAAAUCGUACUAGCAUGAAGACUUAUCUGAGUCCAACAGACCUGUUGCGCUACGCGUACGAGGUUGCUAACGGCAUGGCAUACCUCGCCUCAAUGAAAGUAAGUAUACAUUUAUAUCUUGAAAUACAGGCCUACUACGAUACUGUAAAAAGUAGUUGA